AUGGCUCUGCAGCUUCUCCUCGCCUUCCUGGCCCUGCCACUUGCACUUGGACAACUCUCCGACGUCGUGUCGGCACGCAGCUUCGACGAGUAUGUCCAGGAACGGCACGCGCUGUACAUGCGGCACGGCAACGACCAACUGCGAGCUGCCGUAGCAAAGGCCGAGGAGCUGAACAAAGACAAGGUUGUCCUCUAUCAUGUGAUGCCCCUCUACGGAUACUUGAUGUCGUGGCUCGCGCAUGGCAUCAUGGCCAAAGAGCCCCUCCGGUGGCAGAGGGGUGCCCAGACGUCGGGCGUUGCUGCCGAGCUGCCGCAGAUGCUGCGCAUGUGGGAGGAAGGUAUGGACUUCCCCACCUUCGCAUUGCACAACGCAUCUCUCUGUGCGCACAAGGAAAAGCGAAAGGUGCGCGAGGCGGAUCCACAGCAGGCUCAGGUACUGGGUGAUGGCGACUGGAGCAACUACUAUCAAACCGGACAGGGCUUCUACGACAUCUCUUACGUCGCGACCUCCAAGAAGUACAAGGAUUGCAACGACCUCGUGUAUUCCCAACUGCAGGAAGACAACAAGAAUGUUGGCCCGCUCAUGGAGGAAGCGCGUCUCAAAGCAUUCGGCGUCGGAGCGGGCGCGCAUUUUGCCCAGUAUUUAGACGAGCAGGUCGGGCACGACUGGCAAGACGCCGUCUUUCCCCACAGCUACGACGGGAUGGCGACGGUAGGCGUCCAGGACAGACUCCUCCAGGCAGACAUCAACUUGCUGGGAAGCGCGGUGAGCAGCGCCUGGCAGAGCUCCAUCCCAAGCACCUGGGCCCAGUCCGCUUACUUCCAGGAUGUUUAUGGCGAUCUGAAUGCCGACCAUUUUUCGCAGUACUCCUUUCAGCCCGAUUUUGGAGACCGCUCGGCUCUGCUUGAUCAAGUGCUCUUGAAGUUGAAUCCUGGACCGGAGGCUCUCCAAAAGGUCCACAACCUGCUGUCCUUACUCAAAUGCUCCGCGCAGAUGCGCUUUCCGAUCUACCAGGCGAACUUCGGGCGGAGGCAGAAGAUCAUGGAGCGAUGUUGGAAAGGAUCCGCGGAACCUUUUCCACCGGAUGCGCCGAAGAUGGAUCUUGACACCGUAGCAAGUGCGCGAACGAAGGAAGCCGCGACCGCGCUACAAAGCGGGGGCUUGGCUACCGAUGAUGAGACACGGGGCUUUUCCAGGGUACUCCUGCAAGUGGUGCUGCUGGCGAACGCGGCCAAUGAGCUGGCAUAUGUUAGUACAGACUGGAACAAGAAGAACGGCCAGCCACCUGGCCACGAGCAUGAGGAUUGGAGGGGGAUCAGUUUCGUGGAUGCUUAUAACAAGUUGAAGAACACGGACCACGGAGACAACUUUACGGCCAGGGUUUUCCUAAGAAGGGAGCCCUUCUUUGUCGAGAACUCCGUCAAGGUCGUUGCUUACAGCCAAGUCUUCACCGACGAGACGUUCAUGGAGUUUGCAGAGAGCGUCCUGAACGACAUCCGGCUCUUGCUGCCCACAGCGCCCAAAGAGGUGUCGGACUACGGGUGGAUGCUGAGAGUGAAGAAGUAG